AUGGCUAAUACUGUAGAACAAGCCUCAAUGUAUUCAUCCUUUGUAGACGCCAGAAUCUCAUUCUCCAAUGAUUUUGCAGACAGUGAUCAUCACAGUGGUAACCAACUUCAUCAGACAGUUUCAUCAUCAAUACAGGACCAGAUGAAGUACAAGGAAGCUCCUGUUUCGUCGGAUUUCAAAUUCAAUGUCGAAAGCUAUGGUUUUACCUCCGCAGCUGAUGAGAUCUUCUUUGGGGGAGUUUUGUUGCCACUAGAGAAGACUCAUGAGAAGAAAGUGACUACAAUGAGAGAGGAACUAAAUGCUCAAGAUUCUGACCGUUCGAUCUCAAAGGGAUCUCGUAAUUGGUGGAAAUUAGGUCUAUACAAGUCCAAGAAAGUUCAUUCCAACAACAACAACAUCAACUAUCUUCCCCAAAAAUCUCAGAAUUGUCUUGCAAGUAUAUUGGAAUCGUCUGAUGACUAA